AUUAUUAAUUUUAUUUCUUCUUAGACACAUGAAGUAGACAACUUGAGAACUUCUUUGACAAAAGCAGAAGAGGAUCUGAAUUGGCAAAAGCAGUCAACAUUUAACGUUUUAAAACUUCUCCAGGAUACUGAAGCGAAAUAUAACCAGGAUAGAUUGGCAAAAGAAACUGAAAUAAUAAGCUAUAAAAGACAAAUUGAAAAACUGGAAUUUGACACAAAAAUGUUGAAGUGCGAGGUUGAAAAUCUUGAAAAGCUGGAAUCAGAAAACGUGAAAUUAAAGGAAGAUAUAGAAAAUUUGAAAUUGGAAAUUGCUGAUCUUGUUCGGAAAAACGAUGAAUUAAAGAGUGGGAUGCGAACGUUUGGUGAAAUGUGCGUUGAAACUACACUUGAUACGUGUGUCGAAGAAAAAAUGCAAAAUGCUGCUGUAUACACUAAGGAGGAUUAUCCCAAAAGAUCUGAGAUUCAACGAAAAAAUUGUGGCAGUGUUCCUUCCAAGAUGUAUAAUGGAAACGACAAUGAAUCGAGUCUUUUCGUUAAAGAUAAAAAGCACGAGCAACCAGUGAAUGAAAAUAUAAUGCCAAUGCCUCACGACGAUAAAAAAUGGGAUAUUAAGUCUUCAGGACGCUUGGAGAAAGUGUAUGAUCAGAAAGCAAAGAUCUGCGAUAAAAGAGUGAUCGAUCUCAAACCUAGAGCGAGAGAUCUAGAUUCCUCUGGAUCUGAAUAUUUAGAACUAGUGUAUGAUGAGCAAGCAAAGAUCUGUGGUAAAAGAGUGAUCGAUCCCAAGCCUAGAGCGAGAGAUCUAGAUUCCUCUGGAUCUGAAUGUUUAGAACCAGUGUAUGAUGAGCAAGCAAAGAUCUGUGAUAAGAGAGUGAUCGAGCCCAAACCUAGAGCGAGAGAUCUAGAUUCCUCUGGAUCUGAGUGUUUAGAACUAGUGUAUGAUGAGAAAUCGCAUGAACCUAUAGGAUUGAGUACAACUGGCACAAAAUUGGGAAAGAAUAAGUUAUCAGCCACUUCGAAUGCGGAACCUAAGUUGCUCCCUUUCAAGACAAAGCGAAAGAGGGAAGUCCAGAAUGUUACUCAAGAGGAUAUGGUACGUAGGAAAUUCGGACUACCACCUCGUAAAAAGAUGGACAAUUUCCAUGAAUCUCCUUCGUUGAAACCUCAGUUAUCGAAGAAUCUUGGAAAACAUCAUGACUUCUCGAAUGCAAAGGUUAGGCUAGAGAAUUCUCCUUGGAAAUUAACCACUGACUCACCUGCUCCUGCUCAGAGAAAAUUUUUUACGAAACGUUCUGAGGAAAGGAACACUCAUAAGUCAUCUGACACUCGUAAACCUUGGUUUUGAAAAUGAGACAUUUCGAAUAUAUCUUCCUCUAUUAAAUAUUCUAAUUCAUGGUUCCACUUUUUAACAAGUAUAUUGUAAAAGUAUAUUUGUAAUGAAUUUUUGACAUUCUAAAAUAAAAUUGAAUAAAAUAAUGCGAUUGUUCUAUGCU